ACAGAAGCAUUCCACUGGCUCAAGGAGAACAAUCGACUCUACCAUGACUUGGAGCUUCCAACCAUUGCAAAUCCAACAGUAAUUGAUAACUCUUACAAUGUGGAGUCAGAAAAUUCAGACAUUGAAAUCAAAGAGGAAAUGAAGGUUAUCUUUCCAGACGCCACAAUUCGAACUGCUGGGUGCGCUGAUGCAUCUGAAUUCGAUAGGGCCAUAGCUGAGAUCAGGUCAAAAUGUGCUGGAGCUCUACCAUACUUGACAUCAAGACCUUCUUCCAAGUUGCUCAGAGAUUAUGAGGAUGAAAAUUUGAUGCGUGCCUUCCCUUUGCAAUUUCCCUACGGAUUUGGCUUUCAUGACGACUUUAAUAUCAAGGCAUCUCAGAAUGGGUACCUGAGCCAUCUGAUAUCCUUGUCUAUUCCAUCAAUGCAUGAAGCAUGUUUUGUGUUAGUGGUCCACAACAUGUUCGAGCGAUGCAAGGCCCUGAACGGUGCAUUGUGGCAGGUAAUGGGUGGCAGAGAAAAAUGCGAUGUCAGUGAAGAGGAUCUCAAUGCAGCCAUUGCCUGUAAAUUGAAUGGACUUCCAGUUGUAAAUGGUCCAGGCAGCCGUUUUUUGGAUUCUGUCCAUUCCGUGAAAAAACAAAUGGCACACACAAAUGGUGCAGCUGCAGCUGCUCAGUCGAAAUUUUUAACUUUAACACAUCAUUUUGGCUGCCCAAAAGUUCUUUUCACUGUGUCCUUCGACGAUUCAUUGGACAUAAGGAUUUUGGUUUGGUCCGAAGAGGAAGAAAGUCUCAACUGGAUUGCUUCAAUGGACAGUAUGUCACCAGAGGAAGUGGCAAUAGAAAUGGACAAAUGCAAUGCCAUUCGCUAUAAAUAUCCAGGCUUAUGUGCUUGGAACUUUGAAGAGCUUAUGGAUGUUGUGCUGGAAAGCAUUGUUGGAGAUAAUGCCUUGAAAUUGGGUGUAUUUGGAACCCUCCUGGCCUAUGGACUUGCAGUUGAAGAACAAGGACGCAAUACACUGCAUGGACAUAUUCUGGUGUACACUACAGACUGGAACGACACUUUGAGAGAUUUAAGCUCUUCUCAUGACCAAGUUAGAAAGGCAGCUGAAAAGAAAGUGCUCUCCUUUGUGGAUCGUGUCAUCUCAACAGAAUUGGUACCCAAUGCACCAUGGCAAGGGGACUAUUGCCCCACAUGCAACAAUGGCUUGCUGACAUAUGUGGAUGAACAGAAAUUGAGAAACCUGAGACACAAGGUCGGUUGCCAGGUGGAAAAGGGAAUUAUUGCAUCUUGCCCCCUUUGCAAAGCUUGUUUCCAAGGGGAUGAACUUGCUAUGAAGCGGGUGUUACCAAAAGAACUGUGGAAUGUGCCAGAACCAGAAAGGAAAGCACAGGUGGCUUUAGAUGUUCUCAGGAACACAACUCCAACUGCAGAAGCAAUUCCAUCGGAACAAGCUAUUGCUAUCAACAACUACAAGUACAACCAUCACCUAAGCAAACACACAAAGACUUGUUUCAAGAAGGGUGAUGAAGGCCGGUGCAAUCUUCCUGAUAUUCCGGAACCAGUCUCCAAUGUUAUUUACAGUGAACUGGAGUAUGACACAUUCAACUGGAGGGGUGCAAAAGAAAGUCAGCAUAAUAUCACCAUCAGGCCAAGACGCCUCAUGCAAGAUGCUUCUACCAACUCCUACUGCAUCCCAAUUUCUACUUGUAAGUGUCCAGCAAACUCAAAUGUGCAAGUCACCACUGGAGCGAGACCUGCAAUUUACUGCAGUUGCUAUGCAGCAAAGGGCACCCAAAAAGAAGACACUGCAGAACUAAAGAAAGUGAGUUCCUAUGUGGCUCAUCGAUUUCUAGAAGAGCACAAAGAGAACACUCUCUUUGAGGGGUUGUCGCGCUUAAUGGGCACGGUUAUUGUUGGUACAAGUGAACAUGUUGUGAGUGCCCCAAUGGCUGCCUACCUGGUUCGCAACCAUUCAAGGUUCAAGUGGUCACAUGACUUCAAGUACAUCCCUAUUCGUGAAAUAGUGGACCUUAUAUGUCAGAGAACAUCUGUCCAAACCAUGAAUAUGUCAGUGUUGAAUCACGAGAGUGGCUGUUUUUUAACCAGUGAAGCCCUCCACUAUUUGCAGCGACCCAAGAAAAAGUUUGAGGAUUAUUGUCUGGUGGAUUUCUUUGAAGAGUAUGAGAUCAUUCGAAGUGAUACGCCCAGUGACACUGAUGAAGCUGAUGGAACCUUCACAAUUGAUGAUGAAGCACAUCCUGGUUACAAGAAGCAAAUCAUACGGAAGAGGAAAAAGCCUGUCCUGGCUCAGUUUUCCCAUUGGGCCUUUCCUGAUGCAGCUUCGUUUGGAGGUGACUUUUUGGAAAUGAACCAGUAUCCUGUGCAGACCUGUAUCGAGAACUACUGUCGCACUAUACUGGUGCUGUACCACCCAUUCAGAACUCUUGAGGACAUUACCAUCGAUGGUUCUUUUCAUAAGAAGUUCAAAAGGCUUUAUCACUGUGGAGUCCCAGAUCACAUAAGGGAGCUCCUGUGCAAUAUCCAGAUGUUCUACAAUAGUGUACGUAUGCCAGCAAAAGAAGAUCCAUUGAGAUACUGUACUGAGUCAUUCCAAGGACCUAAGUCAAACCACCAAGAUUCACAGGAAGAGGAAGAAGAUGAUGAUGACAAUUUUUUCGACGGUGUCUUCAAUCUGUUAUCAUCUGAGCACAAACAGCUUACAGGAGCUAUAUCAACCAAUGCGCCAGCAAAAUUGUCACUGAACAACUUGCAAAAGGCUGGAGCCAGGGGAUGUGGAUUUAACAACCUACCUUCUAUUGCUGAGUGUACUCCUUCAUUAAGUGAUUCAGUAGAAGAACAAGAAAGAACAAAUCUCUACAGAAGAAGAAGCGAGAUUCCCACCCAAUUCAUUUCAGCGGGGGCAUCACCACAAGGUAAUUCUACUACAACAGCUGCUGCUGGUUCCAAUGAUAUGACAGUACGGGACAAGCCAACUCCCUUCCAGCUCAUGGAGCUUACCUACCGUAAUACCAGACGAAGGCUGCAACUAGCUGAACAAACAGCAGAAUUAGCAAGAUCACUUGAGAGCUAUGUGGAAGCCGAUGGUACAUGUUUGUCCAUCAUUGAAUGGUCGCACCGACCUGAUCUGAACUUAGACAAAGAACAGCAGCUUGCUUUUCAGAUUGUUACAGCAGCAUUUAUGCUCACAUACUAUCAAGAUGCAGAAAGUCUUGAUCCAUCUGUGUACAGAACUUGCUCUGACAAUCCAAGCCAAAUCAGACGUGACUUCAGAAAUGAAAAGGGCAAACUCCAAAGAAUGUCUAGACUACGUCACAACCAGUUGAUUAUGUAUCUUGAUGGUGCAGGUGGGGCAGGGAAAAGUCGUGUUGUUCAAGAGCUCCUAAAAUAUGCCCAAGAGUUCACCGCACGAUUGGGUUUACAAUUUGACAUGCGCACUAUUAUUGUCAGUGCCAUGUCAGGGGUUGCAGCUGUUUCAAUAGGAGGGGAAACAACUCAUUCCGUGGCAGCAUUCUUCAGAAACAUUGACGAGAAAGAUACCACUUGGGCCAAUGCUCGAUUGCUGAUCAUUGACGAAGUCUCUUUUAUGUCCACAGCAGAGGUGGAUCUGUUGGACGAAAAGCUGAGAUGUCUCAUGAGAAAGUACAAUGCUCUUUUUGGUGGGAUUCAUAUUCUCUUCUGUGGAGACUUCAGACAACUUGAGCCAGUCAAAGGCAGUCCUUUAUAUUCCCCUUUCCACAGUGACAAAAAAUGGAUUAACUCCAUUAACUGUUACGUUGAGCUUUUUGGAUUACACAGAUUUAGAGAAGAUCCAGAAUGGGGGCGCAUUUUGUCCAGGUUGCGAAAUGAUACAUAUACACAGCAUGAUAUCGAUGCUGUCAACCAAUGCUGUAUCAAAGUCAAACCGAGAGCAAUUCCUGGAAAUGCAUCAUAUUGUGUGUAUGGCAAUGCUGAUCGAACCGCCAUCAAUGCCGGUGUCUUCUCUAAUGUGUUGAAAGCACAUUGGCAAACAUGUCAAAGUCUCCCGAACCAUAUUGUUGCAAUUACAGCUGGAAACAUGGUCCGUGUUAACAAGGCAAAAAAAAAGAUACCGAUGGAAGAAACUGACAAGCAUUACAUCUUUGAGCACUGCGGAGAUCAUCGUAUCAGAGCCAAAAUACGGGGUCGCAGAGGGGGGCACUUUAUUGACCCAAUGUUGAAGCUCUACUAUCAUAUUCCUUUGAUGCUGGUUUCAAAUGAUGAUGUGCCUAAUGGGCAUGCUAACGGGACCCGUGUUCUGUUGGAAGCUGUAGUCACAAAACCCAAUGUCACAGCCUCCACAAUCAUUAUUGAUGGAUAUGAAUGCCCAGCUCUGGAUGCAUCCAAUGUUGAUUAUCUUGUUUGCAGUUCUGAAGAGGAUCCACAGAAAAUUUUCAAGAUCCAUCCAAAAACUCUGCAAUGCUCUAUCCAGGCUCCCAUUCCGAAGGCAAUUGCUGGCCAUGUACAAGCUACAAUCAAUUUGACUGCCAGUCUGCUCCAAUUUCCUAUCAUCACCAACAGAGCAACAACUGGCCACAAGCUACAGGGCCAAAACAAACACAACCUAGUUGUUGCAGUGUGGUCGAAAAGAAAAAACUGGAACUACGUUGCCUUAUCUAGAGUUCGCACUAGACAAGGCCUCUAUUUGCUGCAAGAACUACAGCACGAUGCUGAUUUUUCAAUGUCACACGACUUGAGAGAAAUGCGAAGGAGACUGUCAAGGCUGACUCCUGCUGUUUUGGAGUGGGAUUUAGAAGAAGAAAGGAGAAUGCGUGACAUAAGAAGGAGGCAUGCUUCCAAUAGAGCUGCUUCAACAUAG